AUUGUUAAGCUUAACAAUAAAACGAAUUUGAUCGGCUCAGCCUUGGCAGGCAGUGUAGGCGGCUUCAACGCUCACGCCGCCAAUAUUGUAACCGCAAUUUUCAUCGCCACUGGACAGGAUCCAGCACAAAACAUCGUUAGCAGCAAUUGUCUAACAUUGACGGAAUUGUGGGGUGUAGAUGGUAAAGAUCUACGUAUGACCUGCACGAUGCCCAGCAUCGAAGUCGGCACGAUUGGCGGUGGCACUGUUCUACCGGCACAAGGAGCGUGCCUAGGGAUGCUGGGAAUCAAAGGUGGACAUCCCACGGAACCUCAAAAUGCCAAAAGACUCGCCCAAAUUGUUUGCGCCACUGUACUUGCUGCAGAGCUAUCGUUGAUGGCUGCGUUGGCCUCCGAGGAUUUGGUCAAGAGCCAUUCGAGACAUAAUAGGCAUUGUAAAAUUCAAAAGUGAAACCCAACCAAAAUCAGUAAUCGAAUGUAACGCUCAGUAGUCCGCAUGAAAUACUAUCGCUUUUGUAAGACUUUUACUUUUCGCUAUCGUAACGUGGGCUUUAACGCGUCGCUCGGGAGGAACUGGUUUUAUGAAUGAUCCCGUUUUCCAUAAUUAGUAGGCAUCUCUUUUCGCGUAAUUCCAUCGUCAGCGUACCGUCCAAAAUAUUUAGCAUUUUUAAUAAUCAUAAAAAGAAAAAUUCUAUUGUUACACGAAAUCAUACAGAAAUGAAACAAAUUG